AUGUCUUCGACAACAAGGUUAUCCAUGGGCGAGCUCAACGCCGCUGCCCUUGAGCAGUUCGUCUACACCCCAGUCAACAAUGCCAUGAUCUCAUACCUGGCCCAGGCGGCAUGCGAUGUCAUACAGUGUGACCCCAACAUGAUGCCGCCUCCUCAGAACCAGACACAAUGUCCAUCACCACCCCGGACACCCUCGCCAAAGGCUAUACAAGUCAACGACAGUAGCCUGCCGUCACUGGAAGAGUUCAUCACACAACUGGUCGUCUCUUCCAAUGUCCAGGUCCCUACUCUCAUGUCAACACUAGUCUACCUCACAAGGUUAAAGUCUCGGCUACAGCCCAUGGCCAAGGGUCUCCGGUGUACAACGCACCGCAUCUUUUUGGCAGCGCUCAUCCUCGCUGCCAAGUAUCUCAAUGACAGCUCGCCCAAGAACAAGCACUGGGCUACAUACAGCAACAUCAACUCUGACAGCUACAGCUUUGGAUUCACCCGGACCGAGGUCAACUUGAUGGAGAAGCAGCUGCUGUUCCUACUAGAGUGGGAGCUGAGGAUCACAGAAGAAGAUUUGUACCGGGAACUGGAUGGCUUCCUGGCCCCGAUCCGCGACGACAUCCAGACCAAGCGCGCCCGCCGCAUGGCGCGCCGGAAGCAGAGGGAGGAGGAGGAGGCGAGGGCCUGGGCUGUUGCAGCUCAGUACCCGACACCGCCCUCGUCGCGGGGCAGCUCGCGGUCGCGAGCACAACAAAGAAUGCCGUCGCCACCAACAGAAACGAUCCGCAUGGUGCACGAAGUACCCGCUAUCUCGACGCCCCCAGAACUGAUCUACAGCUACAGCUCUUCGGCCAGCUCGAGCGGCGGCUCAUACGCCUCGUCACAAUUUUCGCAACAGCACUCGCGCUCAUCGACACCGUUUUCGGAGCCCGAGGUCCUGUGCAUAGACCGAUCAGGGGCACUCUACGAGUCACCUGUGCAAAUCCUGCCGGCUAAUGGCUCGGCUUAUUCACGGACCGGUGGCUACCGGAAGGAGGGCAAGCAGCUUCUGCCUUACGAGAUCAGCGCCGAUGAGUUCCGCGAGCUGCAGGACAGCAGCACGAGAGCAAAGCGCCAGCGCACGGGUCGAGGCAUGUGGGGUCGCAUGUUCGGUGGUGCCAUCCACGCAUGA